AUGGACAGCAACUACACCAGCACUAAGGAUGAUCAUCAAUAUAUUGAUGAAGAUGAUGUUCAACUUCCAGGAUUUCGGUUUCACCCGACAGAUGAAGAACUUGUGGAGUUCUAUCUUCGCCGGAAGGUUGAGAAGAAAGCAAUCAGCAUAGAGCUCAUCAAAUCCAUUGACAUCUACAAGCACGAUCCUUGGGAUCUUCCAAAAGCGAUAAGUACAGCAGGAGAGAAGGAAUGGUACUUCUUCUGCAAAAGAGGGAGAAAGUACAAGAACAGCAUCAGACCCAACAGAGUUACAGGCUCUGGAUUUUGGAAGGCAACUGGGAUUGACAAGCCGAUACAUUCCCAUGGAGGACAAGGCCAUGCCUGCAUUGGCCUCAAGAAAACAUUGGUUUACUACCGUGGAAGUGCAGGCAAAGGCACCAAAACCGAUUGGAUGAUGCACGAGUUUCGCCUUCCCAAUCCGGCCAGUUCUAAUGAAUACAUUCACCGCAGCUCCAACACUAAGAACAUCAAUAGUACUGAUCCUCAACAAGAAGCUGAAAUAUGGACAUUGUGCCGGAUAUUCAAGAGAAAUGUCUCGUACAAAAAAUAUACAGCAGAUUGGAGAGGGCUAUCCGGAGCUAAACGCCAUCCAAUGGACACAGUGAGCUCCAAGAAAUGCACAAGUGAUCAAGAUGACCUAGAUCAGUCUAACAAUUACAUCAGUUUUGGUACUUCAGACAAUAUUAUUUGCUACGAAGAGAAGAAGCCUGUUGUGAACCAUACCAACAUGAACAACUUCAAUGGAAGCAACCAGCAGCUGCAUGCAGUAGGCCAGUUGAGCUCCAACAUGCCUGCUACAUAUCCGUACAUGGAGACUUUCUCAGACUUUUCGUAUCAAGAUCUUGAGAAUGAGCUUUUGAAUGAGAACUGGGAUGAGCUUAGAUCCGCCGCCGUCCAUCUUGCUUUUGAUCCAACGUUUCUGGUGUAA